AUGACAGUCACAAGACCGUCACAGGACCGUCACAUGACAGUCACAAGACCGUCACGUGACCGUCACAGGACCGUCACAGGACCGUCACAUGACCGUCACGUGACCGUCACAGGACCGUCACAUGACCGUCACGUGACCGUCACAGGACCGUCACGUGACCGUCACAGGACCGUCACAGGACCGUCACAGGACCGUCACGUGACCGUCACAGGACCGUCACAGGACCGUCACGUGACCGUCACAGGACCCUCACAGGACCGUCACAGGACCGUCACAGGACCGUCACAGGACCGUCACAUGACCGUCACGUGA